AUGGCAAACAGUGGCUGUGAUACGGAUGCUCAAUACAAGCAUGGAUUUGCUUCAGCCCUUCACUCUUUGCAGACUCAUUGUCACUUCAAGAUGGAUGAAUGCUUUGACAAGUCCCUACCCGCGACAGUGCUCAGCUCAAAGAGGGAAUGCGAGGUGCUGAAAAAAAGCGCUGGCGAAGGCUCAACAGGUGGCUUGGCAUGUGUGCACUUAGAACAUAUUUUAGAACAGAAGGGGCGAGACAGUUUAGGUAUUGGGGACCCGGUAGCAUUUUUUGGGGACCCGGUGGCAGCUCAGGUGGGAAAGGACGAUAACAUCUUUAUUGAUUGCUCUUCUUCAGUCUCUCGUGCGGAAUGGGCGCACGAAGUCUCCACCUGUAUCACUCCAUCACAUGCAAUCUACUCAAACCAGCUUCACCGAUACUUGGAGCCUGAAGAGAUCUUAGGCUGUCAAGCCAUAUGGCGCUGUGAUGUGAACAACCCAGCUUGCUUCGACCAAAUGAUCACAAACGGAUUGGCGCAGAAGUUGGCAGGGAAUGCCAUGACAGGCACGGCCGUUCAGGCCGUGGUCUUGGCAAGUUUUGCCAGCGCUGGUUCUUGGCUGGAGGUUGGCAAAAGGGAUAAGCAAAAGGAUACUUCCAUUUCUACUUCCCUUUGGUUGAAGGAUCAGCCUUGCAGUCAUUCUGCUGCAGGCAAGCCAGGUGUGACAAACGACAGUGGAAAAGAAUCCCAACAGCUCUGUCCAAAACCAGAGCUUCAGCCACCAGAGGCGGUGGAAGACCAUGCCGAUGGGAAAGGACACAAGAAGCGCAAGCGGUCACCAGGGACAGGUCCAAAAGGACUGACAGCGGAAGGACAGCUUGUUCCAACCCGCCGCGUUCGUGGCAAGCAAGCCUUGAUCCCAAUGCCCAAGCUAAAAAAGAAGGGUCAAGGACCAGGAAAUAAGAAGGCCAAGGGCAAGAAAGCUAUGGUCACCAUAAAGCAGAAAGAAGACAUCUUCAAGGCUUGGGAGGCUGCUGAAGCCAACGGGGCGAAGCACCCCGCCAAAGAAGUAGAAAAGCUGGGUCUUCCUGGUUACUUUGCCGGUUGCACCUACCCCAGCAAGUGGGGGCGUGCAAGAGAGGAACAACAUUGGACCCUUCUUUGCAACACGGCUCCAUCCCUUUGCUCUCGCCACCGUGAGCUGCCCAACAGCCUGCGACGGGUGCUCAACCUGACCUUGAAGCAUCAAAUGCAUGAAGUUGCCUCAUCAGGGGAGCAGAGCAUGCCUUGGCUCCUGAAGCAAAUUGUGGAGGAGCUUGUAAUGGAGCGGAUGGAAUGUGGAGAGGAACUUGGGAUUCAGUUUGUCAAGAACACGAUCACCUUUUGCUGUGGCAUUUGGAAUGAGUGCAUAGACUCUAUGCAUGAGAUGGUCAAGUCCUGGCUUUCAAAAAAUGAUGAGCGCUUCUCUCAGCUUGGUGGAGAUGAACUGGAGGAGAAGCUUUCAGGCAUGAGUCAGAUCGCUGAGAAACUCCUCAAGAAGGCCGACCCGCAGGUGAAGCAGGUAAAGUCACAGAUGGCUAAGCCCAUGGUCACGGAAGGCUCGGCGGCUAGCGCCAUGGUUCAAGACUGGGGAUCCAUGAGCGAUGUCCUGGCGCUAACAGAGAUGCCCGAACUUGAGGCGGACACCCUGGAGUUGCGCCAAAUGCGUACUGAAGAGCUUGCUGAUGAAACAAGCCACCACUGGGCGCUCCAAGAUGCUGAUGGAACCCGUCAUGUGCUUCCACGAUGGAUCAGUGGGAUCUUGGAGAUUUCAGUUUGUCAGCAUGUUACAGAGAGCGAAAGCUGGCAAAAAACCCUUGAGAAGCGAGCCAACAUGGGCAGGAAUCUCACCGGCAGGCAGCGGGAGAAGUAUGAGGCCUGGAGGUUACGAAGGGAACCUCGCUUUAUCUUUUCCAAAGAUGCCAAGGUCCUUGUGACUGAGUCAUCGCGGGUAAAUGAUGAGUGCAUAGCUUUGCAACUACACUUGUCCGACGAGCCCAAGGAUUUGAAGGUCACUGCAGCCAAUGGGGAGCAGUACCAGCUUGUUCUACUGCGUGGCCCUGCCGCAAAGGACAUUGAUGGAAUGCCGGAG